AUGUUAAAUUUCUUAUUUGUAGCCAAGGACUGCUUUGAAAUUGGCCGAUCAGCCUAUAAUGCUGAGGACUACUACCACACGAUAAUAUGGAUGGAAGCAGCGCAGGAACGUUUAAGUUCUGAAAUGCCAAACGGAAGCCUAGAACUGAGUGAUAUUCUCGAAUAUCUGGCAUUUUCGCUCUACAAACAAGGAAAUCUAAAGCGAGCUCUUCUGCUCACCGAACAGCUUUACAAAAUUGCGCCGAAUCAUCCGCGAGCAAAGAACAACAUUAAGUGGUAUGAAGAUUUGCUGGAAGAAGAAGGUGUUAGGCCAAUCGAUUUUCGACGUAAUAUUCCACCGCUAAUAAACAAAAGGCCAGACGACGGCUUGGACGUGAGGGAGCGUGAUAUGUAUGAGGCAUUGUGUCGGAAUGAAGUACCUGUGAGUGUGAAAGAAACAUCAAAACUUUAUUGCUACUACAAAAUGGACCGAUCCUUCCUACGCUUGGCACCAUUCAAAGUAGAAAUUUUACGAUUUUCUCCACUUGCAGUCCUCUUCCACAGCGUUAUGUCGGACGAGGAAGUAACGAUGAUACAAAUGCUAGCAAUGCCAAGGGUAUUGUCUUUGUUCUGUAUUUGA